AGCCAAUGGGAGCUGGGGGGAGCGGAUCCUGCUCACUCCAUUCAAGAAUCCCAAGUAUUCAAGAUGGACGGCAGGGAGUGUGGAAGGAGAAAAAGGGGGCGCGGGGGGCAGAGCGCGAGCGGCCGAGCGGCGGGCAGGCCCCGGCUCCUGGGUCCCGGCCCCGGGGCGGAGGAGGGGCGGCCGCGGGGCGCGGGAGAGCCAGGCCGGGAGGGAAGAAGGGAGGGGAGGAACGAGGGCAGAGAAAGAGCCCGGGAAGAAGGAGGUGGCAGGCAGAGCACCGUCACGAAGCGCGCCGUGGAGGCUGGGCCCCAUCCCCUGCUGCUCUGGGGGGCAGGGGCCGGAAGAUGGUGGCCAAUGAGGAGGGGGAGUGGAGAGAACUUGAGCCGCGCCUCCCCUCCCCCAUUUCCUCCCUGGGUCCCUCCAUCCGCCUCUGGCAGGAGCUGGGGGGGAUGGGUCCUGGGCCCACUGUGGGGGAGGGGCCCUGCCGCCGGCUGAAUGGCAGGAUGCACUUUGCAAUGAGUUGGGGGUGGGUGAGAGCUCAGAGCAUUUCUGGGCCCAACCCUUCCCUCUCCCCCCCCCAACUCUUCAUGGAAAGCUCUGGCAAUUCCUCGGUGAGGAGUCUGACCCUGGCCUCCCUCCUGGGGCUGGUUUGCCCAACCCGGGAGCAAGGCCUGGUGGCUGACCCCCACGAGGAGCCUUGGGGUCCAUCCCUUAGACGUGAGCACACUGCGGGCGAGGGCCCCCUGUCCCCAAAUGGCAGGAAUGAACUCCUUGGGCCGGCGGGAGAGCUUCCCUGCUUUGGCGUGUGGGAAACCCAGAGCAAAGAAAGAAAACACUGCAAUUCUGUCCUCCGUUCCAGCUGGGAGACAGGAGGGAGAAGGACCUCUUCCAGAGGCUCCUCCAUCUCCCCCUCUAGGCUUUCCCCAUCUGGGGUCACCCCACCGUCUCAUCUUGCUGGGUCAGGACUGGAGCUGAACCCUUAAGGCCUUGACUCUGGCCUGUGGUGUCAGAGCUGUGUCUGGCUCCUGGACCUUUGGUUCUCCAGGUCCUGCUUGUGAAGUUGGGUUUCAGUCAUUCUU